UGGGUUCGCAGACGAAAGAUUUUCAACGCAUUCUGGCAGAUUGCAACGGACGCAUUGUCGCCGCAAGAUGCCGCGGCCCUUGCUGAGCACCUUGGAAUCGAGUUUGACGGGCCUGAACAUGUUGAAUUAGAAGAAGGGCCUUUAUGCGCCACUGUGCAGCCCAGUAACAGGACGAACCUCAAGCGCAAACGAGAGUGA